UUCGCAUACACGGUGUAGAAUGUCAGUAGCAUAGAGGUUCAUUUUUUCAACCUGGCUUAGUGCGUGGUUAGCGGUUCCACGCAUCGUCUGGUCCUAGUGAAUGUGGAAAUUCGAAAAGAGGUGCCCCAGGUGUAGCGGCCACCUCCUGGUGGCUAACCUCCUGCUCUAUUUUGCCGCUUUUAGAGUGGUCGGUGGCAUGGAGAUUCUCAAUUUUGUCGCCAGCAACACUUUGAGCGACGGAGAAGUCGAGACGAGGAUAUUUUAUAAGGGAAUCGCCGCCAAGGAGACCAGUCUUGGGAAAAGGUCUACAAAUCGACUCUCGUUCAGACAACUCAGCGACGGCAAACACCUCAUUGAGCUGAUCUACGACGAAAACGAGUCAAUCGUUGAUUGUGAGUUCGGUCAUCAGAAAGAGCGCGUCAAAAGUUUCCUGAGUAAUUUUAAAAACGAACUGAAUCGAUUAGUGAUUAGCGCCAAUAUAACUGUGAACUCGUUAGAUAAUAAAAAGUUACCGGUGACGUUUAGUUGGAUGAAUUAUUCCAGGUUAAGGAAACGGUGCCAUAAGAAACACAUUGAGAUGAAGAAGGAUAUGAUGGAGAAUCGACAAGAAGAAGAUGAAUAUCAACGAUCCAAAAGAGACGUCUCAGACAUAUUCAGAGUACCAGGAACCAAAUGGUGCGGCAAAGGAUAUUCAGCUGACAAGUACACCAGAUUGGGAGUAUUUUCAAAAACCGACAGAUGUUGUAGAAAACACGACUUAUCUUGUCCAUUUUGGAUCGGCGGUUUUGAUACGAAAUACGGCUUGUUCAAUUGGAGGCUGAAUACUCUAAUGCACUGUAACUGUGAUGAAAGGUUUCGAGCUUGUUUGAAAAUGGUAGGAACCAGUGACGCUAAUUUAGUAGGAAAAUUGUUCUUCAACGUAGUCCAAACGAAAUGUUUUGUUCUCAAGCCGAAGAAAAAAUGCUUGAGGUCUUCUUGGUGGGGUACCUGUGAGAAGCACAAGAUGAUCAAGCAAGCCGUCCUCAGAAAUAAUAAGCCAUUUUAGGAUAAAUUAAUUAUUGAAAAACAAUCAAAUCAAAAAAUUGUCAGUAAUUUAUAGGUAUAACUAGAUUGUAAACUUUUGCUGUUCUGAUUAUAGCAUCAUCUAGAUCUAGGACUAUACAUGUAUUGAGCAAAUAAAGUUACUAUGAUGAUUAUGUCACGUAUUGCAAUUUCAUUUGGAAAAAAAAAGCGAGCACAAUGCAAUCUGAAAGUGAAAAUCGAUUAAAAUGGUUGUACGAUAAUAAAGGGGCACAUUUUAUUGACUGAUUUAUUACCUUGGUACUUCGUGUAGGUGGAUUUGUAAUUAGAUGUAUAAGGUGGAAAUUACUACUAUGAUGUAAAAACUUGUACUUAAUUUGUAUAUAGGUACUCUUGUAACCGUUCAUUGUGUAGUUCUGGUACCAUAAAAUUGAGGAAAACAAGUCUAUUUCCUUGAGAUGAUUCCGUUUGUUGUUGGGCAAUGUCUAGUAUAAGUUUAACAAAUAGGAAAUCAAUAAAAAGCUACCUUAAUUGGAAAAAGCAAUUUAUUUCUAAUUCACUUAUUGGUAGAAAACGGCUUGUCUGACAACUUGUUAAAUAGCAAAUAUUUUAUAGAAUAAAUUUUAAUUGAACAUAAAUGAGUAUUGUUUUUUUUUUUUUGAUCAACAGAAGUAAGUAUAAAAUAAUAAUAUUCUUAAAGGUAUUCUAAUAAACAACUUAAAAAUAAUUCCAAAUAAACUUUAAAUAAAAUAAAUAAUUGGUUUGUUUGUUUAGAACAGGCGCUGUUUCUUUUGUCCAUGUAGCUU